AUGGAACGUUUUCGAAGUUGUGUUUUGUUGCUUAUUAGUGUAUUGUUUGUUUUAAAUAUUAAAAAAAGUUAUCAACACACGUGGGUGACUACUGAUGAAUUGGAGAACCACAUCAAUCCUGAAGAUCUUCUUGAAUUUGCAAACAUUAAACAGAGCUCCGAAGAAACCAAAUUAGACGAUACCAGUGAUGCAGUCCGAUUUGCAGAUGUUGUGGAAACUACAACUGGCCUUCCAGUACCGGGCACAGUCGACUGUUUCGGCUUAGGCACACUAUCACGGCAGAUCGUGAGCCUCUUCAAUAUGAGACCAGAUUCAUCUGACGAUGUUAACACGCACUUUUACUUCUCGUCGCGAACUAUGCCUAUGAGGAUGCAGGUGUUUCCUGGUUCCCAAUUCGGCCUCGAAUGGGUCGACUUUAAACCGAAUAGAAAGACGGUGAUGAUUAUUCAUGGUUUUAUGAGUCACAGUAAUGCAUCUUGGGUCAAUGACAUGACUAAAGCGUUUCUGGAAUGGGCGGAUGUAAACGUCAUUGCGGUAGAUUGGAGUGGUGGUGGGAACACUUGGAAGUAUUGGAGGGCAGUGGCCAACACUAGGAGAGUGGGCUCUGAUAUUGUUGGGUUCAUGCGUAGAAUGAUGACAGAAACUGGGGUAAGAACUAAAGAUAUGCAUUUAGUUGGACAUAGUCUAGGAGCUCAUAUUGCGUCAUAUGUAUCGUAUCAUUUGGGGAAAGUUGCACGAAUUACAGGAUUGGACCCAGCUCAACCAUGUUUCUGGACAACCGACUCCACCGAACGUUUGGACCCUCAAGACGCGGACUUUGUAGAUAUUAUACACACUAACGGCCGACUACUGUCGAAGAUAGGCUUCGGCUUUCCUGAUCCUAAUGGUCACGCAGACUUUUAUCCAAAUGGUGGUAUGAAGCAACCAGGUUGCUAUAACGAAACUACUUCCAUAUGGUCUCGUCUUAUUCCAUUCUCAUCCAGACUUCAGCAAGCAAUAUGCAGUCACGGCCGCGCAUAUUUACUCUUCACUGAAUCUUUGAUCAACCGUAACUGUACUUUUAGGGGACAUAGAUGGGACUUGACUUAUGAUGGGGUAAACGCCAGCUUGAAAGCUGCUUGCGACAGAGUUGGCUCAUGUUCUGAGAUGGGCAUCAGAGCUGUCGGCGAGGGACGACUGCCACGCGCUACAGGAGCUUACUUCGUACUGACUACUGACAAGGAUCCAUAUUGUCCCACCGAAUGGGAACGCCGGCACCCUCAACCAGAACUCCUGAUAGAUCUUCGCAAAGGUUUCCUUUUGGACCAGUUGAGGAAGACCACUUCGAAGGCAACUGAAUCUGCCGUUUAUGCCGAUCCUAUGGAAAGGGAUCUGUCCGUUCUCCCUCUUACCACCACCACACAAAAGAGCUGGUUCCAGAAGUGGUUUGGUAAAUAA